AUGGCGACGAUGGUGGUGGCGGCCGUCGCGGCGCGCGAUGGGAUGGUGACGCGACUCGACGCGCUCGGGGACGAAUUCGCGCGAUCGGCCGCGUUACGAUGCGAAUCGUGCGCUGGGACGGUGCACGCGACGGUGGUGACGAUGGAUGUGGUGCGAAAGACGAGGAGAGCGCGCGUGGGGAGCGAAGAGGUGGUGGCGGGGGAUUUCGAGAGCGUGGAUGGGUGCGAGACGCGAUUCGGCGCGGGGACGGCGAGGUAUGGAUUUAAGAUCGUGAACGGGACGAAGCGGUUGGUCGGGCCGGGCGUGGACGCGCUGAUAAAGGCUCCGGGUGAUAUCAUCGAUCGUCAAGGGGCGACGGAGGCGAUGCGAGUGCGAUGUAAGGCGAUGAUGUACGAACUGGAUGAUUUCGUCGAUACGUUCGUCGAGGCGGAGGAGUCGGUGAAGAAAUCAGGCGUUUCCCCUGAAGAAGCGUCGCAAAAGGUGUUCAUGAAGUUGAUGAAUGCAAUUUGCGUCGAGCGCCUGCGUCAGUGUGAGAGCGUGGAGUGGCUUGGGACGAAUUUACAGGGCGUUAUGAAUGCCUCGAUUACGGAACAGAAACGUGCCGAGCGCGAGCUCAUCGACAAGAUCUCCAAGCCAGCGACAGAGGAGGGUGCGCAGCCGUUUGUCGAUGCGAACUUGGCGGUAUCGAGGUGUAACGGCGAGGACCCCGAUGCCUUGUCGCGCACAGCGUGCAUAAUGCUCGCCGAAAACUUGAUGACAAAGGGCCAACAAAGCGUUCGGGCCCACGCAAACUUCACUGGCGAGGCAAAAAAGUUUCAGAGAAAGCUCGAUGUCGGAGGCGAAACUAAGCUGGAUGAUGACGAUGCCGACAAAGACGGUGAUGUGCACGAGCUGUACGCCGAAGCGAUGCUUAACGCGUCGUACAUCAGGGCAAACAUAACCUUGAAUCGCGCGGUGAGCUACCUCUCUCUUAGUUUGGACAUUGAUCCAACACGCGCGAGCACGGAACACAACCUUGCGUUCGCGUACAGAUCCGGGAAAAAUUAUACCGCAGCGAAGACUCACCUGUACGCUCUUCUCUCUCCGGCGCGUGCAAGUGAGAUUCCAGCAGAAACUCGCGCCGAAAGCAGUAAGCUCCUGUGUGAAAUCGAGCAUCUCGAAGGAAACGAUCAAGCCGCCAUGGAGGCGUGCGAGAGAAGUAUCGAGUUUAAUCCCUUGAAUUUUCACGCCCUUCGUCUCAAGGCACAGCUUCACAUGGUCCGUUUCUUCAGAGAAGCCGAAGAGAUUCGCGCGAACGAGCAUGACCCUCAAGAGGAACGUCAAAAGGAAAGCUUGCGCGAUGUUGCUGAAGCGAAGAACCUGUUCACUCAAGCCUUAGUGCUGGAUCCUGCGAAGAACGAGAUCGCACAACUUGGGAUGGUUUUGUAUUUCGAGCAAGCGGCGCAAGAUUCGGCGCUUCAAAAGCUCACGAAGGAGCAACUUGGCGCGCUCAGGCAUGCAAGACACUUCUGUGAACAGCAGGGUACUGAACUGGACAACGUGUGCACGGACAUGCUCGAACUCGCGGGAAAUCACGUGGCGGAGCUAGGUUUCAUCGCCCUCGGGAACGACGCCUUACAGAUGGCGCUCACGCUGGACGCAAAACGCACGCACUUGUGGACAAAUCUCGGGUACGGCUUCAUGUCCAUGGGCAAAUUCAAGAUGGCCGGUGUCGCCUUCGAUCGCGCGUCGUCCGCGGACGACUCGUUCGAGCUCCCCGAAGCCAUCGCCACGCUCUUGAAACGCGGCGGCGAGUUCGAGCGCAAGCUCGAGGAGGACCGCGCCACGGCCUCGGCGAAAUGGACCGAGAGCCGCCGUCCGAACAAGGAUGAGCGCCGCGCGCUCGCGGCCGAAGUCGAGGCCACGCUCAGCUCCCUCCGAGGCCCCGCCGCGUCCUCGCACGAUGAAUUGUAA